AGUUUAGUUUUUGAGUUUGGGGAUAGAUCAGGGGAGCGAUAAACAGGGAGAGUCGUAAGAACAGGCGGCAUCAGUGUGAAAAGUGAAUUUAAACUAACAAAUACCGACACUCAGGCGGGAGGAAGUCGACUAAAACCAAGCAGGAGAACUCUCUCUCCUCCCCAAAGCCAAGCAGAGAGGAGGGUGGCAGGUGUUCAGUUGGGAGAGACGUAUCGCCUCAGUCGGCUCCCCGAACCUCAACAGGGUGCCGACGCAGAGGAAACCGGAGGAAACCGGCGGAAAAGCUCGCUAACUGAGCAUAGAAACUCCCGUGAGUACGAACAGACUGACAAACAGCGCAUUUACAACGUGUUUAAAGUAGCCGGACUCACUGUUUUUGGGGGGGAUAAAACAGCGAAAGGCUCCGGUGUCGCAGGAGCAGCAGUGGCGUCGGUGAGAGUCACAUUACCGGGUCUCUAACGGCCGUUUUUCCACGACACUUUUCCGGCUUUUGCUAACUCGCAGGUACAAAACUCCCGGUUGUUGUUGGGGGAAAAUAAAAAAAAAAAACCACUUGGAAUACGUUCAUUAAUCGGAAACCUGUUGGGUUUUUUUAUUUUAUAUUUUUUAGCGUGUAACUCGGGGCACAAGUUAGCCUCUCCGCGUUUGGGGGAGCGAAGCUGCUUCCACCCGGUGAAGUUCAGACAACACAUCCGCAGCUGAAGCGUCCUUCUGCGGUUUGUUUGCACACCGAAUCCCCCGGUGGUAUGAACGGAAACAAUUACUGGAUUGAUUUUGGGAGCACGUUCUGAAGACGGAUAAUUUGCAUGUUUUUUUGUUAAUCGCUUCUCUGCUAAUAUAACCGGCUAAAUGAUCCGCGGGACAAAUCACCGGUGAAUACAUCACAACAAGCGUGGAUUUGUGGUUCGAUGGCGCAGAAUUAAGCCGAUAAAGUCUAAAACACACUCAGAUGUAUUAAUUCUGCGCUCGGAUCAAUCCACAUGAGGAUGAGGUGUCACAGGUCGCUCCGCAGCUACACACCCCGGUGCCGCCUCACCGUGAAGCCGCACAACUGAGGGACAAGUCCGCCUGUAUUUGUCGGGGUUUUGAACGCUAGAGCCAGGGAGCCUCUUAGCAGCGACAGCGUGAGCUCUGAUAUCUGUUCGGAGCUGCCGGAUCUCGGACUUCUUCUUGUGCAGGGCAGAGAGAGAGAGAGAGUUGCAGAAGCACCGCAAGCGGACAAUAUCGGCACCUUUCCCGCAGGAUGCAACCGGGAAUUAGCCGACAGCGUGUGGAGGAACCCGCAGCGGGGAGCCGGCAGAGGAUGACGGGGACCGGGACGCCCCGGACGGGGAGCCGGUGCGAACCCAUCUUGCUCCUGCUUCUUCUUGGCAGCAGCUGCCACAUGUUGCAUGGCCAAGAAGUGGCUCCCUACCUACGAGGGGGUGGACUGGGGCAGCAGGUGGUGCUGGAAGGAAACCGGCUGGUGCUGACCUGCCUGGCUGGAGGCAGCUGGCCUCUGCAGUACCGCUGGACUCUCAACAACAGCAACAUCACAGACUGGACACCACAGUACAGGUUGUCCAUGCCGUCUCUGAAGAGGACUGAUGCUGGCCUGUAUCAGUGUAUCGUGAGGAACAGGAUGGGAGCAGUAAUACAAAGGAAAACAGAGGUGCAGGUGGCCUUUUUGGAGAACGUCUCUGCUGAGGAGCAAAGAAAGACGGUGACUCAGGGCCGAGCCGCCAUCAUCAACCCGCCGCCUCUUGUUUCCUUCCCACGACCGCUGGUCACAUGGUACAAGGAUGGACACAAGAUCAUCCCCAACAACCGAAUAGCAAUCACUAUGGACAAUCAGCUGGUUGUCUUGGCAACCACUGCAACGGAUGCAGGACGUUACCAUGUAGAAGCUGUGAACGAGAUGACUGGGGAGAAUGUGACGAGUCCCGCUGUCUACCUGAGCAUUUCAGUUGGCAAGAAAAACCGCGGGUCAACAGAUCCUGAGUCGGAGCUGGUGGCUGCCGCAAUAGUGAUCGGACCCAAAGACACAACGGUGGUGACGGGGAGUGAGGCUACGCUGGAGUGCGUUGCUAAUGCCAGACCAGUGGAUGGCCUUGUCAUGUCGUGGAGACGUGAAGGGCGUCGGCUGUCCAGUGGGCGUCGCCUCGUUAUUCCUGCCGCCACCUCUUCUGACGCUGGGUUAUAUGUUUGUGAAGCGUCGCUAGGCAACAGCACUGUCAAACCUGUCGAAGCGAGGGCACAUCUCACUGUAAUGGAACCACCCACUCUGACUGCUCAGCCCAAAAGGAAGACCUUUGCUGAUCUCGACAGGAAUGUAGAUAUCCCCUGCCUAGCUACAGGCGUGCCCCAGCCCAGGGUAGAGUGGUACAAGGAUGCAGUGCCUCUUUCCAAACUGGCCAACCCUCGCUACAAGGUCACCGCGGCGACCGGGCUGACUGUUCGCCGGGUGCAGCCUGGAGAUGGAGGAAUAUUCCAGUGCUUUGCUCGCAACGCCGCCGGAGAGACUCAAGCACACACACAACUCCUCGUCUCCAGUAUGGCCCCCACGUUUACAUCCCCACCCUCUGACCAAACAGUAACUGAUGGCAACAUGGCCCUGUUUACCUGCCAGACUAGUGGAGCUCCAAAGCCUGCCAUCACCUGGAGGAAAGGGUCACGGGUCUUAGCCAGCGGCUCUGUCCAGGUUUCCAGGUUCACGUUGCUGCAGUCAGGUGGUCUGCAGAUUCAACCAGUCAGCUUUCAGGAUUCAGGAGAAUACACCUGCAUCGCCUCCAACUCAGAGGGAGCCAUCAACGCCACCGCUAUGCUCACCGUCUGGAGUCGUACCGUCAUUUCUGUGCCUCCAACAGACCAGCGUGUUAUCAAAGGAACCACUGCUGUUUUGGACUGUAACGCCACACACGACCCCAGAAUCAAUAUCAGCUUCAAGUGGGAUCGAGGCGGUGUAGCGGUCCUUCCGACUGGUGGCGGCCGUGUCUCUGUGCGCCAGGGCUUGCUUACUAUUGGCCAGACGUGGUCAGGUGACAUUGGAGACUACACCUGUACUGUGACAUCACAAGCUGGCAAUGAUUCCCACUCUGCACGCCUCGAAGUUAUAGAGCUGCCACAUUCUCCUCGCUCCCUGACGGCUCGCCUCAAUGACUCGGACUCCCGCUCUGUCCUCCUGUCCUGGCUGAGACCGUUCGAUGGGAACUCCCCCCUUCUGUACUACCUGCUGGAGCUCUCUGAGAACAACUCUCCAUGGAAGGUCUACCUAUCGGAGGUUGAUCCUGCUGUGACCAAGGUGUCAGUGGGCGGGCUCACACCUGCCAGGACCUACCAGUUCAGGCUCUGUGCCGUCAAUCAAGUGGGACGGGGUCAGUACAGCGCUGAGACGCAAAGAUUGAUGCUAAGGGAGGAGGCACCCAGUGCGCCUCCGAAGAAUAUUGUGGCCAGUGGACGCACAAACCAGUCCAUUAUGGUGCAGUGGCAGCCUCCACCAGAACCGCAGCUUAAUGGAGUCCUCCGAGGAUAUGUGCUCAGGUACCGUCUGGCUGGGCUGCCAGGUGACUACCAGGAAAAGAACAUCAGCAGCCCAGAGACCAACUACUGUCUGCUGAAGGACCUGAUCAUCUGGACACAAUACCAGAUACAGGUUGCUGCCUACACAGGAGCCGGUCUGGGUGUCUACAGCAGUCCUGUCACCGAGUACACACUGCAGGGAGUUCCCACAGCACCUCCACAGGAAGUGGAAGUUGUAGCUAUUAACUCGACUACCAUCCGUUUCACAUGGAACCCUCCACCUCAGCAGUUCAUUAAUGGCAUCAACCAGGGGUACAAGCUGCUGAUCUGGCCGGAGCAGUCUCCAGAGGACGUUACCAUAGUGACCAUUACACCAGACUACCCCGGUUCACGCCACACGGGGUUGGUCAGCGGACUCAGGAAAUUCACCUGGUAUUUUGGCUCCACCCUCUGCUUCACAACACCUGGAGACGGCCCCCGCAGCCCACCCACCCUGCUGCAGACCCACGAGGACACUCCUGGACCUGUUCGCCACCUGAGCUUCACUGAAAUCUUGGACAAGUCACUAAAAGUCAGCUGGGCAGAACCUGAAGACAAGAAUGGCAUCAUAACCGGCUACGUGCUGAGGUGGGAAGUGUCUACAGUAGAGUCGAGUCCUGAGGAACGUUCCCUGUCUAACUCCACCCUGCAGUACCAGCUGACCGGCCUCACCUCCACCACUGUGUACACGCUACAGGUGGCAGCGCUCACGGCAGCAGGACAGGGCGUGGUCACAUCCUCCACCAUCUCCACCGGAGUCCCACCAGAACUUCCCGGUGCACCUUCUAACUUAGUCAUCUCCAACAUUAGCCCUCGGACGGCAUCUAUUAGGUUCCGUCCCGGUCCUGACGGCAAGACCAGCAUGUCACGAUGGAUAGUGGAAGGACAGGUGGUAAAGGAGGACGGAAAGGAGGCGGCGUGGAGAGUCGUCUACCAGAAAGACAACCAGCCGGAUGCAGACACACUUGAGAUCCCAAACCUCACUCCGUUCACUCAGUACAGAUUCAGGAUGCAGCAGGUGAACAUUGUCGGUUCCGGCCCCAUGAGCGCCCCCUCCAGGCUGAUUCAAACCCUACAGGCUGCCCCCGACACACACCCCUCCAAUUUCACCCUUCUGUCGGCCACACAGACCAGCCUGACCUUCAGCUGGAAGCCUCUCCCAGAGUCCGAGUACAACAGCAGCCCAGAGACUGUGGGCUACCAGCUGCAUGUCUGGAGAACGGAUGGCCAGGGGGAGGACAGGACUGAGGAUGUGAAGGAAGGAGGAGGCUCCAGCGAGGCCACAGUGGAGGGCCUGAAUCCCUGGACCCAGUACCAGGUUCAGAUACAAGCCUUCAACUCUAUAGGACCAGGACCAUGGAGCCACACUGUUGCUGCACGCACUGCUGAAUCCGUUCCAUCUGGAUCUCCGGUGAAUGUGAGUGCCGAGGCGGUGAGCUCCUCCAGGAUCCUGCUCACGUGGUCUGCUCUCCCUCAGGCGCACAAGAAUGGAGUCAUUCUUGGAUAUAAGGUGUUGUACAGCCAGAAAGACUCUGAAGACCCCCCCAGUGUUCAGGUGUCAGAAGGAGAGGGGAGCGUGUCUCUGCUGCUUGGUUGGCUCCAGAAAUACAAAGUGUACGAACUGCAGGUUUUGGCGUUCACACAGAUCGGUGACGGACCACCCAGCAACCCCAUCCUGACCAGAACCAAAGAAGAUGUUCCAGGCCCCCCUGUCAGGAUGGUGUUUCCAGAAGUUCGUUUGUCAUCCGUUAGGGUGGUUUGGCAGCCGCCAGCGUUCCCCAAUGGCAUCAUACUAGGCUACCAGAUCUCCUACCGCCUUGACAGCAGGGACCCUCAGCGCUGGACCACAGUGGAGGUGGGCUCCAACGCUCGCCAGUUCACCGUCACAGGACUUGCCGCUGAGCAGACCUACGUGUUCCGACUGACUGCUCGCACCGCCGUGGGCUGGGGCGAAGAGCAGCAAGCUCUGGUUGUUACUACUGAACGCAGAGAACGUCCCCAGCCGCCCAGGAAGCUGUCGGUUCCUCAGGAUGAGGUUGAAGCUCGCCAACUCCGCCUCCACUGGGUGAAUGGUGGCUCAGGCUCGUCCCUGCUGAGGUACUUCACCCUGCAGGUGAAGGAGCUGCCCGGCAGGGACUGGAACACCCACACCGCUGACAUCCCACACAACGUCACUUCAUGGACCGUUGACAGUUUGAAGCCCUUCACGUCGUACAAGUUUCGGAUGUUUGCCACCAAUGAUGUGGGAGACAGCGUCCUCAGCAGGGAGACGGACGCCGCUACAACUCUGCAGGAUGUGCCUGAUGAGCCUCCAGUGAUUCUCGCAGUGAAACCGACAACUACCACCUCAGUGCUGGUGCAGUGGAAGCGUCCCAGUGACGGCAGUGUUAAUGGGGUGUUGACUGGAUACCGGCUGUAUUAUAGAGAGCUUCCAAUGAACACCUCCACUUUGACGGAAGCAGACGCCCUGACUACCAAAAACAACACCACAAGUGCCCUGAUUACGACCAAGAGCACCUUCAAGACCGUCAGCAGUGCCUCGCUCACAGAGUUUGAGUUGACUCAACUGAAGAAGUUCCAGCGCUAUCAGAUUGUUAUGACGAGCUACAAUAUCAUCGGAGAGAGCCCACCCUCUGCUCCGGUAGUGGUUUCUGUUGGAGAGGCAGCUCCAUCGGUGGCUCCUCAGUCUAUCAGAGUGUCAGCUGUGUCUCCCUCCAUCCUGGAAGUGACCUGGGACAUACCUCCUCUUGAGACCCAGAAUGGACUCAUCCAAGGAUACAAGAUCCACUACUGGGAGAGAGAUCAGCAGAACCAGACUGAGAAGGUGAAGGUGAUCUUUGUCCCGGACACCCGUGUCCACCUCACUAACCUGACCAGCUACACUCCUUAUCUGGUCACGCUGACGGCCUUCAACACGGCUGGAGAUGGACCGCCCAGUGAUCCCCGUGGAGCCCGAACCCUGCAGUCCGCUCCUGGCCAGCCGAGCUUCCUGUCCUUCUCAGAGGUGACGGGAGGAAGCGUCAACGUGUCCUGGGGAGCUCCACUCACUCCUAACGGCCAACUGGAAGGCUACAGGGUCAUCUACGAGCCCACCGCUCCCGUCCAAGGGGUGAGUAAAGUGGUGACAGUGGACGUGAAAGGCAGCUGGCAGCGGUGGCUGAAGGUUCGAGACCUGAUCAAAGGAGCGACUUAUGGUUUCAGUGUUCAGGCCCUCACGGUCAGCUAUGGACCCCCGAUACAGGCGAACAUUACUGCUCAGCCUGUGAAAGGCUCUCCUGGGUCUCCCAUGGAAAUGACCAUCUCCAAGACGUCUUCUGAGCUCACCAUCCACUGGUCGGAGGGAAACGUCGGUGCAGCUCCUGUCACCGGAUAUGUUAUCGAGGCUCGACCCUCAGAUGAAGGAAUGUGGGACUCCUUCAUCAGAACGCUCCCUGCAAGCAGCAGGUCUGUUUCAGUCCCGCUGGAGCGCCUGAGAUCAGAGAUCAGCUACGAGUUCAGAGUCAUCGCUGUUAAUCGCUUCGGUUACGGACAGCCGAGUACACCCUCUGCUGCUCUGGCCGCACUGUCCGAGCGUCCCUUCUACGAGGAGUGGUGGUUCUUGUUGGUCAUGGCUCUGGUGGGACUAAUCCUGAUUCUGGUCCUGGUCUUCACACUGCUGCUGCACGGCCACAGCUCCAAGUACAAGGCCUGUGGUACAGGCAGUGUUCACACAGAGCAGAGAGGAGACACACAUGGGAACAAAUGGAAGCAUGUGUCCACCGCGGAGGAGUCGGUGACGCUGGACAACGGAGGAUUCACCGCUCUGGAGCUCAACAGCAGAACGCUCAACACCAAGAACUCCUUCCUGAAGAAGAACGGCACCAGGUCUCCUCCCAGACCCAGUCCAGGUGGUCUUCACUACUCCGAUGAAGAUAUCUGCAACAACUAUAACGGAGGUGUGCUCACUGAGAGCACCACACUCACAGAGAAACCCACUGAGGUCUCUGAGUCUGAGCUGACCGACAGCGAUUCUGAGGACGAGCAGCCGAAGCACUCCUUCGUCAACCACUACAUGAGCGACCCCACUUACUACAACUCCUGGAAGCGGCAGCCCAAAGGCCUGAAGGGGAUGGGCGCUCCGUUUGGCUACGAGGAGUGUGCGACCGCCGACACAGAGCCCUACUACCAGACCGUGGUCACCCAGCACAGCACUGGCGGCGCCUACACACCCACAGGGCAUCCGGCACACACACACGUCAACCCCAACACCAACCCGCCAGGGUCGCGCACCCCCGUGACGGGAUUCUCGUCGUUUGUUUGACUCUAGAGACGAAACCUGCACAAAAUAACUCACAUCAAUGUACACGAACUGAAAGAGGGGGGCCAACGUGUGUUUGGACUCGAGGAGGUGGUCAGCGGUGAGGAGAUGUUUGACAGACUGGUGUCCAAACAGCCCUUCAUGCCCCAAACAAGUAAACUUCCACUUCUCACUUGCCUUCUCCCCUCGUUCACAAAGAUCCAAUGAGUGUGUGUUGCUCUUUUACUCUUGUACGCCUCUGUGUCACUGUGCUGCACACACACUCACCGUCCUCACACAUUCACACCACCCGAAAUUCCAGAGACUCUCUGAUGAGAGCCAAGAGCGACGGAUCCACAAGUGCGUUUACUGUCGAAGAGAGGAUUGAGCCUCGAGCUGGUGGAACCUGGAACUUCUGCACAAAGCUCAUCCUCUGUUUUCUGUAUUCACACUCAAGUGCACAAAUACACACAUUUCAGCAGCUCCCGCCAGGAUGAAGGAAGCUGAAUGUUGGGGAGACUUAUUACAAUCCAGCACAGGAGGAAGCAGCUUUUUGUUGACAGACCAAAAUGUGGAGCUGUCGACUUUCAAAGACCACCGCACAGAGGAAAAGAAAAAAUAACAAUCGAUGAUCACAGUUUUUGAACUUCAGAAGGACGGAUGGGAAUGUGGGCAGGAGUUCUACAGCACUUAUUCUCAACAGGAGUGAUUUCCAAGAGUGAUUUGUGAUGUUUGAAUUUUGGGUUGGAAUAUAUGUGAAGCGUUUUUUUACUGUCUACACUCGUUCUACUGCAGCCUGCCAAGCCAUAAUGCUUGCACUGAGCCGAAACUCUGCACAUUUCAUCUUUAUUCUGUUCAAGUUACAUUUCUUACCAGUUUGAGUGUGAUUCGUGUGCAGCAAAGCAUGCGUGUACAAUGACUCUACGCCCAGUUCAUCUGUCCGUGUUGUUCACUGCUAAGUGUGCCAUUGUGUGUAUGUUUGUAUUUUUAAGAUGGAUUUUGUACAGGGAAGCCCUUUUUACUCGUGUGCUGUUGUAUGUAGUUCGGCCAUGUUUGUGUAAUUCAGUGCUGGAGAAGCAUCUGCUAACCACCGAGAGAAGCAGGAGGAGAGCCUGGAACAAGGAAAGAGAACUGAGUUUGGUUGAACUUUGAAUCGCCACGACCUGAAACCUGGCCACACACACACACACACAUACACACACACAUGUUCUUCUCUUCAAGUGCAAACAAAGAUCAUUUGUAAGUUUUGGCUCAUGUCUAAUUUAAAGGUUCUUCAUCUGGCCAACCUGCCCACCAGCCUGCAGCCAUCACUCUGUCAUGCUUGUUUUGAGCCCCGUGCAGUGUGUGAAUAAAUGGUCAUUGUUUA